AGCUUGAAAACAUUUGUUUACAUCUCAUCAGUUCAUUCAAAUUUCCCACAAUAUGAAAUCCAUGAAAAAUUUUAUGACUUGACAGGUGGAAAACUCGUUGAAAUUCUUGAAUUUUCUAAUGACCAAAUAUUGGAAGAACGGGCAUCUGAGUUAUUACAAGGUUGGCCAAAUGCGGUAGCUUAUACAAUGAAUGUAGCAGAGGAUAUUAUAAAGAGACAUGGAAAAAGUCUUCCUUUGUGUGUUAUCAGACCAUCGCUGAUGGUAUCCUCUGCCGAAGAACCAGUCACAGGCUAUAUUGAAGGUACAUCUGGCUUGCAAGGAGCUACCGUAUCAUAUGCCUUGGGUAUCAACAGGGUUAACUAUUAUGAAAAUGGAACUUUGGAUAUUGUACCAGUUGACUAUGUAGUGAGCCUCGUCGUUGCUGCUGGGUGGUAUACCGGUUUACAAAAUAUAAGAAUGGGAAAAGGAGAAUCUUCCACAACUGAACCUCCUAUUUAUCAUUGCAUCAGUUCUCAGGAGAAACCCGUAACUACUGAUGAAUGGAUGGGGGUCACCGAAACAGAGUGCAAAGAGGUUCCGAGUGUGAAAAUGUGUCAGUUGCCAAUGUCAUUUCAAACUGCUUGUUACCAAAACUACAUGCUAUUAACUUUUCUGCUUCACACUUGUAUGGCUUUCUUAUGUGAUAUUUGUCUGAAGUUUGUUGGAAAAAAACCAGUAAUCAUGGAUAUUUACAAAAAACUUCACAAAGAUCAAGAAAAUUUCAGACCGUACCUCUUACGCCAAUGGUACUUUUCAAACGACAACACUCAGAAGCUUUUGAAGAGAAUGUCGUUCAAAGACAGGGAAUUAUUCAAUUUCGAUAUUUUGACUCUGAACUGGCAGGCUUACUUCGUUAAUUAUGUCAGAGGGGUACGUGUUUAUCUUCUCAAAGAUCCAUUGUCGACUGUUACUGAGGGAAAGAAGAAACAGGAAAAGAAAUUCAUGGUGCAAGUGAUUACAGCUUCUUUUAUAUGUGUGGCUUUGUAUAUUAUCGGUAAAAUUUUGUUGUAUAAAGUUAUUUUCAAACUAUUCAGGAAAUAUUGAUAUUUGGCACUUUCGAAAUAGCUACUGUGCGUAAUGAUCAGUAAAAAUAUUGUUGAUACACUUCAAUUUACUUUCAAUAAAAAUAUGGAAU